GAACUAUAAAUAGCAUUGACGCUUAUGUUGAAUUUUGGACGAAAAAUCCGUGGGUGUUGGGAUCGGUUGCGAACAACAACGUUUGGACGAGCUUUAUAUUAGCUAAUCGAAAUAUGAGACGUUUUCGACGAAAACUACUUCCAAAAAUGUAUCCACAAGCUCCACGAAUGAAUAUUUUAAGUGAGUCAGAUGUUAUUAAAGGCUUUUGUGUUCCAGCACCAACCGUGGAUCAAGAUAUCAUCGAUCGUAGUCAGUUGUAUUAUUGGGAGGAGAAGAACGAGAGACCCAUUCAAUAUAACAGUUAUUUGACGUUUUCAAAUCCCGCAAUCGCUUUUUUGCUUUUGUGUUGGUAUUUUUUGAUUUUAAUACUUACUCAGUUUGCAUGUACUCGUCGUUUAUUACUAAAUUGGCCACGUUUAUUCUCAUUUGGUUUAUUUUCUUCUGAUGGUCCUAUGGAGGAAAAUGUAGAUGAGACUUUUUUUCGAAUAACUUUCAAAGCAAAAGGUUGGGACAAAAACAUGAAGCCUAUUCAGCACAUAUUUCCCGCUAGCCCUGAUAAAAUUUUGGUGGGGCGGGUAAGUGGCGCAAGCCCCUUUUAUGGAAUAGCAUGUGUCUGUCUUCUAGUGUCUGCUGUAACUAUAUUUAAUGAGCAUUCAAAACUUCCUCAUCGGGGUGGAGUUUAUACACCAGGAGCAGCGUUUGGCCACACUAAAAUUAUAAAUGAACUUAAAAAGUAUGAGCACGGUUUAUUCUUUGAAAUAAUUAGCACGAAUUGA